AAUCAAACUAACUUUCAAGACACCGGAAGUAACAUAUGAUCUGAGAUUUUUUAUUUUGUAAGAGAAGUAAGAGGGUGUUAUUUAUCUAAAACACGCCAGGAUUCAAGAGUCAUCAGAUGAGAAUGUCAGGGGUAACUUAACUGCCUGUCUCUGGAUCCCACUGGUCAGUCAUGAGGACCCUUCAGGAGUUUGUGACGCGGGUGUUUUAUACCCACGGGUUGUUUUGUGCCAGUCACCCAUACUCCAUUCUGACUGCUGUCAUAUGCAUCAUGCUUACGUCUUUUUACCCCCUGAUGAACAUGCCUCUCCCAGGAAAUGUUCCCUCCCAGCACCAGGAAAGACUGACGGAUUACCGGGUCCCCUCGGAGGAAUCUCCAGAAGCUCCUCUCCCACAGGCGGAGAAGAAUCGCCGCCCUUCAGAUUUACUCAAACCUCCCUGGUAUCUAGGAGUCCCGGUAGGAUACAUCCAGCAAAUUAUUGUCAAGGCAACUGUGUCACCAUGGAAACAAGAAUACAUGGUGCCAGAUGACGCAUUUCGAUCGCCUUUGUUGAAAGUUUUUGAAAUUUUGGAGGAGAUGGAAAAGUUCAAAUUCAAAGAUAGUGUGACUGAGUACUCAUUGUCUGACAUUUGUCUGCGUGUGGGGGAAGUUCUCCCUCAGAUCAAGUUCAAGGAGUUCCUCCCCAAGUACUCCUGUCUGACCCUGUCCCCCGCUAACUUCUGGUUUGGCAGGAAAGAAAUGUAUGUUGGAGAUGGGGAAAUUCUCAAAACCUUAUUCAAAAGACAUGGACAACCUCUUGAAACACCUCCCUAUCUUAGAGAUAUUCUGUUUGGGAUUCCUUGGAAGAAUUCUGGGAUAGCUCGCUACUUCAUCAGAAAUCAACAAAGAACCAUAAGCUUUGCGAUCACCAUCGCCAUGAAGACCUACGACCAGCGAUUUCUGCUGGCCCUGAAGUCGCGCCUGGAGGAUAUCUACCCAGAGACGGCACAGAACGUAAACAACAGUCAGGUGAACACGAUCAUACACAUCCACUACCCCGACAGCAAGGUGUUCACGGAGCACACCUAUCUCAUCAUCACAUAUGUAUUCCUGCUCAUGUACAUCUACUUCUCUGUCAGGAAGAUAGAGAUGGUGAAGUCUAAGUGGGGCCUGGCCCUGAGCGCGGUGGUGACAGUGGUGGCCUCCCUACUGAUGUCGGUCAGCUUCUGCUCACUGUUUGGACUCACCCCCACACUCAACGGCGGAGAGAUAUUCCCGUACCUUGUGGUGUUCGUUGGCCUGGAGAAUGUCCUUGUCAUCACAAAGUCCGUCGUGUCUACUCCGGUUGACCUGGAUGUUCGGCUGAGGAUCGCUCAAGGUAUAAGUCGCGAGGGCUGGUCCAUCACAAAGAACCUAGCCACAGAGCUGAUCAUUGUUGUAGGGGGCUUCUUCACAUUUGUACCGGCGAUUCAGGAGUUUGCCCUGUUUGCUAUGGUGGGACUUCUGACGGAUUUCUUUCUACAACAUGUCUUCUUCCUCACCACUUUAUCCAUCGAUAUUCGGCGGAUGGAGUUGUCUGACCUUGACAAGAAGUUGAGAAUUUCGGUGUCGGACAGCCAACUGGGUGUUUCCUUGGAUACCAAGGUCAUUGAGCCCAUUCUACUGUGUCCGGUCCGAGGAUUCAUGUCUGCCCCAAACAUGGCCACCAAGGACAAGGCAGUGAAGAAGCACCGCCGAACUUCCUCUAAUGUGACCUUGGGGCCACCCUCCUCCCUGGCUGACACCAGUCAGAUGUCCCGACGAUUACGCCUGAUCGACUUUCUGGCCGAUACCAGGGUGAUUCAGAGGUUCAUCAUGUUCUGCACAGUGAUAUGGAUUGCUCUGAUAGUAUACAAGAGUGGGGUGCUGGAACACCUCUCCACCCCUUCAGACAAUCAAGCCAAAAAUAUCUCCCAGGAUGCCACUGCAUCAGAGGCACUCUCCAGUGAUGAAGGUAGGAAAGCUGCCAGUCCUGUAUCAAGUCACCAAUCAGGUGGUUCCUGGUGGUUCCAGGGUGAGUUGGUGGACCCAUACGGAGCAGUCAGACACACAGAUGUGGAGUUGUGGCAGCACCUGUCCUACAAACACUGGCCCACCCUGUUCUCCUACUACAACAUCAGUCUAUACGGAAAAUUCAUAUCCAUCUUACCCAGUCUCCACCUGUCAAUUAUUGUUGACCCUAAUGAGGCUAUUUCACUGCGACACCCCAGAGAAAAUGCAGGAAAGACCCCACAACAGAUCAAACAGGAGAUAGAGCAGAUCUCCCAGGAACAAUCUUCAGAGGCCAAGCGGGUGGAGUCCGACGUCCUGCCAGAUGACAGCAUUAAAGGAAUCCUGGAGUCCCUCCCCAAUUACGUCUACGACUCCGAUCACCUCAGGAAGUUGUACGACCCAGAAGAGCUUCGGAAGCUGUACCCGAAAUCUAAAAGGGAGCUGGUUUUGACUAUACUCCUGGUGUUGUUCAGCGCCAUCUGUCUGUCAUAUUUUGCCCUGGCUCUGUAUCAUUGUAUUUGUCCCAAGAACUAUGCUAGGUGGCGCUCAAGGUGGUAUAGAGGGCAGCACAAGAAACGGGAAACAUGCGGUGGUUAUUACAAACAGAUCAAGGAGUCACUACCCAAGGUUCUAAAAGGACAUGUCCAGGAGAUAGAGUGUGUAGCCACUGAUGGUCAGUUCAUUGUCAGCGCGUGCCUCGGGGGUCAGCUCAGGGUGUGGGACUCGGUCACUGGGGACUGUGUUACUGUGGUCCACAGGAAAGGGGCGACACCCCCUGUCAAGAGAAAACCUUGUUUGGGUCGGAACAUCAAUGACAGUGAUGCUGACCUCUACGCCGAAUACCAUGGCAAUGGUGGCAGCAGCGACCAGGAGGAGGUGGACCUACCCAGACCCCGACUACGAGCCCCCAGACAGCCAAUCAGCAGCCAGACUCCCCCACUCCAGGGGAAGAAACUCUUCCAGAACCAGCCGGAUCUACUGGGAACAAUUCACACCAACUUCUCACAGACCCCGCCCUCACCUGUCAAUCACACCUCCCCCACCUCCCUGGAUCCACCCUCUGUCAUUUCAUCAGGGUCCUCUCCCUUGCUUAGUAGCAGUUCUUCCAGUAUGAUGGACAGGGAUUCCACGAGUGGAUUCAAUUUCCAGUCCUGGUUUCAGCCCCUGUAUGAUGAGCAUGCUCAGUUUCUGAGAGACAACCCAAUGGUGGACAAUGUUUUCUCCGACUCCCGCUCUAGGAGCUGGAGUGCAGGCGAUCAUCCGUCUACUCUAGAGCAUGACGCCGCCCUGUUUGACUCAGGGUUCGAGGGUAACCAGGCCCCCUCCAUCUGGUGCCUCAGUUGUUAUGAGGGGCUUAUUGUUGCAGGCUGUGGAAACGGCCGGCUCGAGUUUUGGGAAAGUUCAAGUGGUAACUUGAAAUACAUGUAUGGUGAAAACCAGACUGGAGUGACCUCCCUUUGUAUCGUCAAUAAAAGGGUGGUUGCUGCCAGACUGGAUGGAACCCUAGACUUUUUAGAAAUUGAGACAUUCCAUAACCCCAUCAUACCUACAUCUACACCGUCCAAUUCUCCCCAUAUCAAAGGUCAUGCAAGACAUCUAAGUCAACACAAGGUUGUUGUGAUGGAUUCCUUGAAGAAAUGGGAAGCCAUUUUACAUGUGACCUUGGUAAAUAGUGUCAAAGCUCAUCAGCAGCCAAUCAUCUGUCUGAAGUGUGAAGGUGGGCGUGUCAUAUCAGCCAGUCAGGAUCACUCCCUCAAGGUGUUCAGACUGGAGGACAGCCGCUGUCUGUUCACUCUCCACGGUCACACCACCAAAAUCACAGUACUGCAUGCUGACAAGUCGCCACCAUUCAAUGUUGUCAGCGGCGACGCAGAGGGAGUCCUAAGACUCUGGGACCUCCACACGGGCACCUGUCUCCACAAGGUCAAAGUUCAUGAGGCCACCGUGGUGGCCUUGACCUCCACUUCCAGAUACAUGGUCACCUCGGGACUGGAUGAUCGGUUGUGUAUAGUGGAUAGGAAGAGAGGAACCCUGGUCCACGAACUGGACAUGGAUCCUUGUGGGAACAACUGCAUGUCAUUAUUGACCUCUCACCUGCUAGUGACUGGAGGUCAAGGUCAUAUCCAGCUGAUUGACCUUGACAGAGGUGAAAUUUUAAGAACAGUGAGUGUGGGGUCACUGGACAAGUCCGCGUUUGUGAAUCAGAUUCAUGUGGUCCAGAAUUCUGUGAUAGUGUGUGAUUAUGCUAGUGAGAUGAAGGUCAUUCAAUUCCCCACCGUGCUGGAGAAAGCCGAGUGAUGACCGAGAGGGAGACUGUGAAAUCAUUAAUGUAAUGAGCUUCCUUGUCAGAUAGGACGUUAUCCACCACCGUACAGGAAAGAAACGAUCUUGUACAAUUUGUAACUCGAUCCCUUUUGUUGUUCUCGGACAUUUACCGUUUAGUCGUUUCAAUUAUUGUUGGGUCUAUUUACAGUGGGUAACACUCUUCCAGAGAAUAACUUUUUUGUAUCAUUAUUCAUAUCGAUAAAGGAACCCACAUAAUUACGUCCUUUUAAUUAUAUUUGAAAGAAAAAAAUCCUAGCAAACCACGAAAAUUGCCCCAAUGAAUUAAAAAAAUUCUGCCAGUGAAUACUACUGGAGGAUGAUAAAAAUUGGACCGGACAAGAUGGAUCCCUUCCCUCACAGUGUUGGAUCGUGUCCUGUCUGCGGAGGAUGUUCAUUUACCAGAGAUUGCUUCUUAUGUCGUUCUGUAGGAAGGGUGGAAAUUCUUUAUGAUCUCAGACUUCAAACUGUUCCUUAUUUAAUGGUGUUGCCUGUUGUAUUUUAAGGUGAUCCAUAUUUAUUGUUUGUCUGAUUGUGUAUUGUUUUUGCCUGGUCAUUCUUGUUAAUGUAGAUUAUACACAUUACAACAGUUUCUAUUUUUGAGAAGGUUGAAUUUACUUACGUGUUAGCUAUGUAAAAUUUUGAAUGAUGAUUUUUUCAAUGGAUAUAGUAUGAAGUAAAUAUAUUAUUUUCAUGCAUAUAUUUCCACGUAAAUGAAGUUCAAAAAAUUAUGAUUCAGUCCCUCAUUCACAGGGUCUGAUGAAUGAAGUUUCAGAACAUUUUUAUCAUACAGUAGUCACAUAUUUCAAAUUCAAGGGCUGAUAACUCUGGUAGAUGUUACAGAAGUCUUAUGACAUACCAGAAAAUCCCAAAAUUGUGCAUAACAUGUACAUUGUAAGUGAAUGGGAUAUGAGUGUAUAUAUUACAUCUAUGGCUUAAUCAUUGUGUAUUGGGAUGUAUUGUAUACAUGUGCAUUAGAAUUAAAUGAGACAUGACAGUUCACUGUAGAUUUUACAUCUGUGGCUAUCAUGAUUAAAUCGAUGGUCAUUGAAUUUUUUGUAUUUUUUUUUUUGGUACAACUGUAUUUUUCUUAAUCAUUGUUCUUGGUAACAAAACAAGCAUUUCCAUUGUUUCUCAGUUCACAAUGUUUCUUUGUGUAUUUAUUUAUGAUAUGGGUAAGGCAGCAAAAGUGCUAUUAUUUUUCAUACAGUGAUUCAACACACAUUAUAUAUGUAUUGCAAAAUAUAUGGUCUAACGUAAUUAGAAGUUAAAAGUCCUCUGUCUGGAUUUGAUUAAAUUGAAACUGGUGCUAUAUGAACUGCAAGCCAAAAUGUAUAACCUAGUAGUGCUCAAGUAUAUCAACAAUGUACAAUCAUUAAUUAGAAAACCCCAGCUGCUUUGGAGUCCUAUACAAGUGAAAUGUGUGAUUUAUAUAUGAAGUGAACAAAUGAGAUCAAGAAUUGGACUAAAAUAGUUGCUGUAGUAACUGUGUAUGAUAAAGAUCAUGCUUAAGCUCAGUACAGAGGUCUUUCAUGAUUCAUUGUCUUCUGUUAUGAAUAGUGGUAGGAAUAUGUGAUAACCCGGUAUAUAUAGUGAUGCACGACCCACCAAGGCAGUGUAUAUGUAUAGAGAGGGGGGGUCUCUCCCCCCCCCCCCCCCCCCCCCCAGCCACCAGAACCUAGUUACAGCUGUAACACAACCAUGAUUACCAUUAAAAACAAGAGAGAUAACUGUGAAAAAAGAGGCAGGUGCCCCUCCUGAAAAUGCAAGAGUUGUUUCCCUUUGAGCCUCCCCACUCUUUGUAGUAUGCCCUAGGAUAUUUAGUCAACCUGUGUUUGUGUAGAGAAUAUAGAAUCGUGUUAAUGAAUGUAUAUUGAAAUCUUAAUAUUUUAAUGUCCCACUUUUUUUAUGUUUUCACAUUUCAUUUCAGUUUUGUACCAACCCAUUCAUUAUUUUUUAUAGGUAAACUCUCAUGCUUGUUAAAUUUCUGUUUAAAUCGUGAUUUAAUUAAGUCUUGUAGGAAUGUACAUAUGAAUAUUGAAAUUAACAAUUUAUUUCAUCAUACCAAAGAAUUUCAUGUUUGAAUGGCUGUGUGUGUGUCAGCUACUACAGCUAGUAUACAUUAAAGAUAUCAGUGAUGUAACGAUUUGUUGGAGAGAAAGAUUGACUGGAAGAGACAUAGGAAAUUACACAAUCAGAAAUUGCCUGCCUGCUUGAUGCAUGUACAUGUAUGGUACCACAUAUAUCUAGUUGUAUGUCAGACUAUCAUAUGAGAAAAAGGAAGGGGAGAGGUUGUUUUAACAUGGAAGAGGGUUUUCGGCAUCCAGUUUUUACUGAUACAUAAACUUUUUGUGGGGGAUACACAUAUAAUUAUAUACAUGUAUUAUUUAUGAUUAUUAUUUAUUGGUAUUGUGACAACUGGCAGUCUUAAUUAUGGAUUAUAUGUGGGUGUAUGCUGAAGUUGAUUUUCAUGUACAGUGUAUUUUGUCUCUCAGUUUACUGCGUAAUGUACUGAAUAUCACACAUGAUUAUCUACUUAAGAAUGAAACUGCUCUUAAAAUGUCUUUUUUAUUUUCAUAAGAUUUGUUAUGUAUCUAUUUAUUUAACAAUAUUUUAGAAUACAUUAUCUAUUCCUGUUUGAAAGGUACAUUUGUUACAAUGCUAUAUAGUACAUUGUGUCUCUUGAAAAUGUUUCAAAAUAAAUUUGUCCUACUUUGACAGACAUACAUAUGAUA